CGAGAUCCUCGAUAUCACUCACCCACUCACCUUUGCCAUCACAAUCGCCAUUGUAACUCAUCUUUUACUGCAUGGCACCGUCAUCUCCAGAGCCCAUGCUCAAAGUCCGGCACUUUCUUUGACCCUGGGCAAUCGCACUCAACCGGGAUUCGUCUUCCGUCAACCGUUUGCCUCCUCCUUAGAAUUCAAACUCUAUCAGGUUUCCCCCACCUAAAAUCCUACUUAUACACACAUCCUUCAACCGUGCCCUCAAGUUUGGUCCCACCCUUCAAUCAUCCGUUGCCAGUCCACACACGCUUAAUUCGGGGAUUCCAUCCGCUGGAGACGUUAUUAUCCGUCGUCCAACCUUUUUUACUGUGGAAACCUUGACAUAUUCUGGCCACUCGUGCCACUCUCGGCUUCCGCUCCCACUACGCUGCCCCUCAUAGCGAGCACAAGCACGGUCCAUUCCAAAACUCUUCACACGCCUACUACCACGUCACCUAACUCUUUAAUUCCGUCGAGGACCUUUGAAUGUCAUGCUGCACUCUGAAUUUCGAGCCCAGCAUCAGAAUGUCCCCUGAGCAAACCAUGGACUCUCCCCUCAUGCCAGACUCGGACUCGGCCCAUUCAUCUAACGCCACUGACGAGAAUACCAACUCUUUGACAGCCAGCAUCACUGACUAUCCCACAUAUUGGGGGAGAAGAUAUCACCGGUACAAGGAAGGAAACUACUUAUUCCCAAAUGACGAUGACGAAAACACCCGCCUGGAAAGCCAGCAUCAGAUCCUAAAGGCUCUACAAGGUCGCCUCUUUUAUGCUCCUCUCGACCCCGAAUACACCUACACCGUACUAGAUAUUGGUACCGGUACGGGAAUCUGGCCUAUCGACUUGGCCGAUUCUGAACUUUUACCCAAAGCCCAGAUAUUUGGUACCGAUCUGUCGCCCGUGCAACCUCUAGACGUCCCAGCCAAUGUCCAUUUCGAAAUUCAAGAUUGUGUUGACCAGGACUGGGUUCGGGAUUAUGGAAGCGUGGAAUACUGCCAUGUCCGAUUUCUUGCAGGUGCUCUUGUUCAGUAUCAAGAUCUCAUUCGAAGCGCAAGGAGAUAUCUUCGCCCAGGCAGCGGUUGGUUGGAAUGUCAUGAACUUCAUCCCACUCCAGUAUCAGAUGACAACACCGUUUUCGAUGAUUGGGCCUUGAAGAAAUGGGACGAUGACCUCCAUGAUGCAGCUACUCAGGCACUGGAUCCUCCACGACCCGUUCGUAUCGCCAGCGACGUCAAAAAGUGGAUGCGGGAAGCCGGCUACGUCGACAUUCAUGAACACAUCUCCAAAAUCCCUCUAGGUCCAUGGCCAAAGGACAAACGACUCAAAUGGAUCGGUGACAUGUGGCUUCAUAAUUGGUUGUCUGGUCUGCAGGGCUUCACUCUCAAACUGUUUGGCUCCGAUGGUCUGAAUUGGUCCAGGGAGGAAAUUGAGGUGUGUUUGGCCGGGGUGAGGCAAGCCGCCACCGCCAAGGGUGUCCACUCGUACCAGAGGCUCUACGUUGUCUAUGGCCGGAGACCGAGCCCACAAGAAGAAUCCGCAAUGUUUAGAAGUCCUCUCGAUCCUCAUUGAGAUGACCAGAUCGUACUGUGGCAGUACAGUGUCCGGCUACAUCGCUCAUCCAACCGACUUGUUUCUCGACCAAAGGUUGAGUACCACCCAUUCGAUUCUCUUCGAGUCGCAGACGACUCAAGUCAUCAUAUUCGAUCACCAGGGUUCAGAUCUUCUAGAACCUAGACCAGGUCAUACACAACUGCGACAGUCAACUAUGAGCCAUUUUUAUUAGACCUCUGACGUCGACUACACCGAUGCUCUCGUUCAGCAUCAACAGCACCUACAGCUACCACAAAGUUUUUGACCGACCAAAUCACUCUCCGAUUCUUCGCCACCACCAGGACUGAGCUCUUUACACCCAAAGAUCUCCGAUCGAGUUUCGCGCUCGUCUCGAGGCAUCUGUCUCCAGAGGCGUCGGCAAUCUCAGCCUCAAGAUAUAUGUCGGGAUUCGGUCGAGACCUUAUCGGUCAGUGACAAGGACAGAAAUCAUGUCAUGACAUGGUGUGUGCACACUCAACUAUUGUCUCGUCGGAAUCCAUCUCCAUGCAGUGACAGAACACGAGGGUGGUGCGACGGAUACAUCCUGGGGAUGUAUUUUUUCAAGGGACACGAGAAUUAUGGUUUGGACCGAUCACUUCACCCAUGUCCGCCAAGAGAUUACCGAAUCCAAUCCAUAUCCACAUGUGGGGUGGAUCUUCAAUCUUAGAUCCCAACCCUCCAACCCCUUCAACCCUCUUCUAACAUUCCGACGAUCCGUCCUCGAAAAAGCAUAUUGGAAUGUACACUGUGAUGUUAGGGGAUCUCUCGCACGCACGUUCUGCUAUUCCAUAAUGACAUGUAUGGACGAAGCAUUUGAGAUUCCAAUGUAGUGGCACGAGCGGCUUCCAAAGGUGUCAACGACACAGUCACAUGAUGGUUUUCUCGAUACGGAGCGACCAAUCAAUGAAAGGUCCAAGAUGUUCUCUUGGGCAUACAAUUACGAAGUCUGCCUUAGAGGUAGUACUCCGUACUCAAGGGAUUGCUUGUCCAUGCACAGUACUAGGUACAUAUCAUAAGGCCCCCAAGGUCCCAAGGGUUUGGCAUUCAUUGAUUUGACCAUCCAUAUCUAUCUCUCAAAACUCUUGACGCAUACGUCGUCAUACCAUAUUUGUAUUUCCAUCUGCAUCUGCAUCUCCGUCUUUAGCACCAACCCGAU